UUUGUCCCGUGAGUCUUUGCGUAAAACUUCAGCAUAAGCGUAGUUGCAUUUCAGUAGACAAGGGUCCGUCUUGCUCUUUCAGUGUUUCCCACAAGACUGCAAAGUAUGUGCGGCGAAGUCGUUGUCGAAUUUACAUAAUUGGCCAGCUCAGUGUUUGUGUGUGGACGGGUAAAGCAGAGCUUUUCGGUUUGUGUCAUCAGAAAGGUAUCAUGUUUUGAAACCUUAUUUGACUUACAGUUGAUGGUUGCAUUACCUGUACGUGUGUGCAUGAGCCUUGUAACAUUUGUGCGCUGAGUUUCAAGGUAACGUGCAGCUAAUAUUCCACUCUUUUGUAGCAUCAAGAAUCGAGAAUGGUAGUUCAUUGUCGUUGUGAGUUAACAUACCUGUUAUGCAUUGUGCUCUUUAUAUUUUGGUAAACACCAUCAGUAACUUUCGUUCUGCUUCAAGACCAUUUUAUUUGUCCAUUUGCACUGUGUUGUUAAGCUAGCUGUUGGCUAUUGCUUGGAAAUUGAAGAGCCAUGACAUGAUUUAACUUUGCUUAAAUAUGUUCUAUAUGGCUCGUAAUUAUGUUUUAUGUGGUUUGUUUUUUGAAAGCGAAUGGUAAUAUUCCCAAAAAUUACAUUUAUGGUACGUGGCAUGGCUUGACUGCAAUGAAACAACACCUUUGCAAGAAGACUUGAAAGUAAACACAUUUCGGAUGCUAGGAUGCUAUUCCUGAUGCCACAGAGUAGACUAAGAACAACAAGCAAAAAUUUAAAGAACAUAGGCCAUAAUUACAAACAAUAUAAAAUGAAUUUAAGCAAAUUUGAUCAAUUUUUAAGCCUGCCUCUAUUAUUUGGGGUUACAUUGCGAUCUACUGGACACAAUUAUAACAGCUAUUUUGACUGCCUAUUAGAAUGUGUUAGCGCCAUAUGUGGAAAAAAUCUUUUUAAAGGUAGCGCCAAAGCUGGUUUCUGCGGUGGUCCAAAGGUAAUGGUAACGGGCUGCCACAAAUAAUUAACAUGUGGGAAACACUGUCCUCACUAUUUUUCUAUAUUUACACCUUUUCAAUACUUUCUUUUACCCUUCUAUGUAACACUUGUUUUUCUCAACCUGCUGUGUUAAUUAAUAAGUUUUCCCCUUUGUCUAGCUUUCUCUUCGUCUUUCCUUAGGGACAAUGCCCUACUGUACCACUUGGCACACCACCUGCUGUACUUUCAUAUAUAUAUAUGUGUGUGUGUGUGUGUGUUGACAAGGCACGUUCUUGAAUCGGCUGUCUCUGAAUUGCACCUCCAGUCUCUAAAGCUGGUUUCACACGAGAACUGCUGGCUACGCGCUAAUCAUGGAUGUGGAGAGCAUUCGCAAACUUUUGUGUCAAACUCAGGAUUCCAUUUUAAAAUACAGGCUGUCUGUUACACACGUUGAUGAGCUUCAACAUGUGGUGGGUACUGACGGGGUGCGGGCUAUGAUGGAGUCGGCCCUGACAGCAAGAGAUCGAGUGGGUGUGCAGGACUUCAUCCUGCUGGAGAACUACACGAGCGAAGCAGCUUUCAUUGAGAACCUUCGCAAACGCUUCAAAGAGAACCUCAUCUAUACUUAUAUCGGCUCAGUGCUGGUGUCCGUGAACCCGUACAGGGACUUGGAGAUCUACACAAAGAACCAUAUGGAGCGGUACCGUGGGGUCAACUUCUACGAGGUCUCACCACACAUCUAUGCAGUAGCAGAUAACUCGUACCGUUCAAUGAGGACAGAGAGGAAGGACCAGUGCAUCCUCAUUUCUGGGGAGAGCGGAGCCGGGAAGACGGAGGCAUCAAAAAAGAUCCUGCAGUACUACGCAGUCACCUGUCCAGCCAGCGAUCAGGUGCAGACCAUCAAAGACCGCCUGCUGCAGUCCAACCCUGUGCUCGAGGCUUUUGGCAAUGCCAAGACAUUGCGUAACGACAAUUCCAGUCGCUUUGGCAAGUACAUGGAUAUCCAGUUUGACUUCAAGGGUGCCCCGGUGGGAGGCCACAUCAUCAAUUACCUGCUGGAGAAGUCGCGGGUGGUUCACCAGAACCACGGCGAGAGGAAUUUUCAUAUUUUUUAUCAGUUGAUUGAGGGAGGAGAGGAAGACCUGUUGAGACGACUGGGCUUAGAGAGGAAUCCUCAGCAGUACCAGUAUCUGGUCAAGGGGAACUGUCCCAAAGUGAGCUCCAUCAACGAUCGCAGUGAUUGGAAGGUGGUGAGGAAGGCCUUGACUGUGAUUGGCUUUAACGAGGAUGAGGUCGAGGAGUUGCUGAACAUAAUCGCCAGUGUCCUCCAUUUGGGGAAUGUGCAGUACGGUGGCGAGGAGGGGGUUGCCUGCAUCACGUGUGACACACAGAUCAAGUACUUGGCAAGGCUGUUAGGCGUAAAUGGGACAGUGCUGACGGAGGCACUCACACACAAGAAGAUAAUUGCCAAGGGAGAGGAGCUGAUCAGCCCUCUGAACCUGGAACAGGCCUCCUCAGCUCGGGAUGCUUUGUCUAAGGCAGUGUAUGGACGCACGUUCACCUGGCUGGUGAAUAAGAUCAACACCUCACUUGCAUACACGGAUGACUCUUACAAGCAUUACUCUGUCAUUGGACUGCUGGACAUCUAUGGUUUUGAGGUGUUCCAGCACAACAGCUUUGAACAGUUCUGUAUCAACUACUGCAAUGAGAAGUUGCAGCAGCUCUUCAUUGAGCUCACCCUCAAGUCUGAGCAGGAGGAGUACGAGGCUGAAGGCAUCACGUGGGAACCUGUGCAGUACUUCAACAACAAGAUCAUCUGUGACCUGGUGGAGGAGAAGUUUAAAGGCAUCAUCUCCAUUCUGGAUGAAGAGUGUCUGAGACCCGGCGAUGCCAGUGACAUCACCUUUCUUGAGAAGCUGGAGGACACAGUGGGAGGUCAUCCACACUUUGUCACUCACAAGCUAGCUGAUGGAAAGACUCGGAAGGUAAUGGGCCGUGACGAAUUUCGACUGCUGCAUUACGCCGGAGAGGUCAACUACAAUGUCAACGGUUUUCUGGACAAGAACAACGACCUGCUCUUUAGAAACCUAAAGGAGGUUAUGUGCAUGUCGGAGAACAAGAUCCUGACCCAGUGUUUUGACAGGGAGGAGUUGAGUGACAAGAAACGUCCAGACACGGCAGCCACUCAGUUUAAGGCCAGUUUGGCUAAACUGAUGGAGAUCCUCAUGUCCAAGGAGCCGUCGUACAUCCGCUGCAUCAAGCCUAAUGAUUCCAAGCAAUCAGGUCGCUUUGACGAUGUGCUGAUCCGUCACCAAGUCAAAUAUCUGGGACUGAUGGAAAAUCUGAGAGUUAGGCGAGCCGGCUUUGCUUACAGACGUCGUUAUGAGGUCUUCCUGCAGAGGUACAAGUCCCUUUGCCCUGAAACCUGGCCAAACUGGGAAGCUAAACUGUCUGAUGGAGUGGCUACAUUGGUCAAGCACCUUGGAUACAAGCCUGAAGACUACAAGCUGGGCAGAUCAAAAAUCUUCAUCCGUUUUCCAAAGACCUUAUUUGCCACCGAGGAGGCCCUAGAGAACAGGAAGCAUAGUCUCGCCACCAUGUUGCAGGCAGGAUGGAAGGGCUACAGCCAGAGGUCCAAGUACCAAAAACUCAGAACCUCAGCUAUUGCCAUCCAGGCAUGGUGGAGGGGAAUCUUGGCCCGGAGGAGAGCCAAACGUAGGCGGCAGGCUGCGGACACCAUCCGCAGGUUCAUCAAAGGCUUCAUUUACCGCCACAAGGAACGCUGUCCGGAAAAUGAGUAUUUUCUGGAUUAUGUGCGCUACUCCUUCCUCAUGACACUGCGAAGGAAUCUGCCAAAGAACGUUCUUGACAAGAGCUGGCCGACACCACCAGCAGCCCUUACUGAGGCUUCAGAACAUUUGCGCAAGCUUUGCAUGCAGAAUAUGGUGUGGAUCUACUGCAAGAGAAUCAGUCCGGAAUGGAAACACCAGAUGGAGCAGAAGAUGAUUGCGAGUGAGAUAUUUAAGGAAAAGAAGGAUAACUACCCACAAAGUGUGCCCAAGCUGUUUCUCAGCACAAGACUGGAUGGUGAGAACAUCAACCCCAAGGUGCUGCAAGCUCUGGGGAAUGAGAAGUUGAAGUAUGGAGUGCCAGUCACCAAGUACGACAGGAAGGGCUACAAGCCCCGCCAGCGCCAGUUGCUUCUGACAGCAAACAGUGCCAUUAUCGUGGAGGAUGCCAAGCUCAAGCAACGCAUCGACUAUGAUACUCUUAAAGGUAUCUCAGUCAGCUCUCUCAGUGAUGGCCUGUUUGUUCUGCACGUGCCCAGUGACGACAACAAACAGAAGGGAGAUGUGGUUCUACAAAGUGACCAUGUGAUUGAGACAUUGACCAAGAUUGCCAUCUGUGCCAACAAAGUAAACAACAUCAACAUCAACCAGGGAAGUAUAACAUUUACAGUGGGUCAAGGAAAGGAAGGGUGCAUCGACUUUACACCUGGAUCAGAACUCUUGGUGGCCAAAGCUAAGAACGGACACCUAUCUGUGACCGCUCCCAGACUGAACUCCAGAUGAGUUUCACUCUUUGGCACAAAAAAAAAAACACUCAAGGACACCGACGUACUUUUCCCUUAUGCAAUCACAUGACCUCAGACCCUGCUCUGUUUUUCGCCAAUCAGGUGCGAGUUUGUCCAUGCCGCACCCUUCUGGUGCUGGCUUCCAAUUAAAAGAUGCAGCAAUACUAAUGGAAAUAUUUAUGUUUAUAUAUUAUAUUUUUGGUAUUAAUACUGUCGCUGUUUGAAUAUUGUGAUUUUAUACAUGCUGCCAAGGAAUAACAAAUAUAUUAGUGCAUUUUUGGGAGAUUUUUUUUUUGUAUGUUUAUUGUGAUUUAUUUGGGAACACGACCAAGCAAACAAUGCGCCAAGAAGAAGACGCACAGCAAAUGGAGUGAAGAAGUCAGGAUGUUGUCUUUUACCUCUUUUACAAGCUUUAUUUCUCUCCUUGCAGCUUUCUUAGUAGGUUGGAGAACCUGUUUUUGCAUGUAGACAAUGAACAGGUAGGUGGCGAUACUACUGAAUUUCUAUUCAUACAGCUGCAAUGAUGAUGAGGGAAUACCGACAUGACAUUUACUGGAAGUAAGCACAGGAAAAACUUGAAAUGGAUGAGUGACAGUGGCUGAAGGUGAACAGAAAGGAUGCUCAGAGCGUCCUUAACGAAAAGCUUUGGUGUCCACACUUCCUCCAUCCUUCCACACAUCUUCCCUGCUUUGCUGCUUGUGCCUCUUCUUUAUCCCACCAUUCUUCUUCUCGUGUCGCGUCUUGGUUGGAGGGUGUCAAUCAGCCAUUCUUGUUUGACAUUAGUGGCGCUUUGACAGCAGAUGAUUGAUCGAAGCCGAUCUGUAAUGCCUUUGUAUGCCAUAAAGUAACAUUUCAAACUGGUGAAUCUAAUGAAAGCAUCGUUUGUUUGCAACUGUAAGUUGUGUUAAAGAGAUUUUGUGGUUGUGGAAAAUACUGGAAGACAGGGGUGUCCAAACUUUUUCCAACUAGUAAACAGUCUAAAACCAAUCCAUAUUUGCAAAAUCUGAAAGUAAUCACUCAUACCCCCUCGCCCCGCAACCCUCCUGCUAGCUUAACGUUCUAUUAAGCUUAACAUCCCCCCCCACCAAAAAAAAAAAAAAUUGGUUCCAGUUUUAGUCAUUUAGAAAUUUGCGAAUGUCUUAUUUGAUCUUUUUUUUUUUUUAUCGUGAGGCGGGUGCAAUAUGCCGUGACUGCUGCUUCACUUACAAGCCAAAGAACGAUUUGAUUUCUGAUUGUUGUAUGAGGUUUAUCUUUUAGGGAGGGAGACGAGACAUUGAUGUUUGAAUGUGUUGAUAUGCCUUGUUUGCAUUGCAAUAGAAGAUACUUAUAUGGGAUUAUAAGGUAAUGCCUCCUUGUCGCUGCAAUGGUUGGUUGUUGUCUUUACUUUACAAAAAAAAAAAGUUUUCUCCUGUGUAACAGCUUUAUUUCAACUGAAUCCUAAGAUCUUUUUUGUACAGAUAAACUUUUAUUCUCUCUUCUGAUCACUGUAUGAUCCAAUUAUACUAAUUCAAAUAAUUAUGCCAACACACUAAGAACCAAAAGAUGAAAGUUGUUCAAUAAAUUUGAAAUGUACAGCCAAAAUAA